UGAAAAAAUAAAAUGGAACCCAUUACUUGUUUGGCUGCCAAACAAGUGCACCUGUUUUCUGUUUUCUGUUUUCAAUUAUACUCCUUAUAAAUCACCCAAAUCAAAGCAAAGGAAACCCUACUUGGUGUCGAAGCUCACUCAGUCGCCAAAAAGUAGGGUCAUUGGUGGAUCUGCAGUGAUUUCUGAACUUCAAGCCGUACAAGGUGAUCAUGGAUGGCACAUGAAUUGAAUGAGGCGGAAGACCUCAAACUAUGGCCUACUGCGAUUGAAAAGUUGUUUAUAGAUAUUAUGGUCGAAGAACAAGCGAAAGGGAACAUGAAAACUGGUGUUUUUAAGAAGAGAACUUGGACAAAAAUUCGAAAUGAACUCAAUGCACGAGCUAAUCGGUGCUUUGUCAUGCAACAACUUGAGACAAAAUUUGAUAGGCUCAGAACAAAACACGAGGCCAUUUAUCAAGAUUUACGAAAUACUGGAAUGGGUUGGGAUUUUAAGACAAACACGGUUAUUGCCAGUGAUGAAGUUUGGGCAGAUGUACUUGCGGAAAAUCCCAAGGCCAAGGACUUUUGGAAAAACAGAUGUGAACACUAUCAUUUGCUAAGAAUACUGUUCAACAAAAUUACUGCCACCGGUUUCUUCCAAAUUUCCUCAAACCAAGCAGCUCCAAAUAGUGAUGAAGAGCGUGAGCUAGAUAAGAAGUUUCGCAAUGCUGGAUUACAUGCUGACCUGGAUGAUGAUAGUGAUGAUGACACAAACAAUGUCCCAAGGGGUCAUGAGCACACCACACGUGGUAAGAAACGUCCAAUGCAACAAGAAUGGUCUAACGGGAAGAAGACUGCUAAGAAAAUGGAUGAACUUACACAGGGACUCCGGGACUAUACUGAACUAUGUAGGGCAAGGUUACAAGCUAGGCAGGCUAAGGCUAGCACUAAGAAAUCUAGUAAAUCUGUCACCACUGAUGAUAAGUUUUCUCUUGAGAAAGCUUUUGGGAUGCUCAAUGAGUACACAGACCUGGAUGAUGAUACCUAUUUUAAGGUACAAGAGGAACUCUGUAAUUUGAAUAGUAGAAUUGUCUUCAUUACAAUGCCAGAUAAAAGGAAGAAAACAUGGAUGGAGUUUAUUGCAAAAAGAAUCUGAUUGACCAACGGUUGUCCUUUCAUUUUUGUGUCAUAGCUAACUAUUAUGAUUUGGCUACAAUAUCUGGCGAAAGUGAGGAAGUAUUUGAUAGUUGAAACCUUUUGAGAUAUUUGUAUGCUUCACUUUGUUAUGUAUAGAGUCACUAUGACAAAAGGUUAAUGCGUACUAGUAUUUUGUCUAGGAGUGAUUAUAUGAAUGAAGUACUCUUUGGAAGUCUA